AAAAAAGAAAUAUGUAAGAAUCUCCAAGGAGGAGACUUUAUUAAUUUUACGAUCUUAUCGGGAACACCCGACUAGAUGGACAGAUGCUGUUGAAGAUGUUCGGCAAAAUACCGACCGUUUGUCUGCAGCGUCUCAUUAGUUAUGAAAGACGGGCUCAGUUAAACAACUUAGGGACAGGAUGUCGAUAAAUUAUCAAAAUUGAUGGCAACACGAGGGAACAUAGAAGAUCAAUAUAUCAGGUAAAAAUGUUAGAAAUAAAAAUUGAUAAGAUCAUUUCAUUAUAUGGCAUAAAGGAUAAAAAAAUCGUUGUUCGAACUAAACUUUAAUCCGGCGUUCUGUCCGGGCCAUCAUGUCCCGGUGUGUCAAGAGUACAAAACACGAAACAGUGACGAUGAAAGUCAAAACGACGGCAGUGAAAAGCGAAAUCGUGAAAUCACGAUGGUGACCGAUAUUAUUCGUUUUGACCAUCGUGGUUUCAUGUGUUCAACACUUACGAGAUAUUGCUAAUAAUAUUUCGACUUCAAUCAUCUCGGGAGUUUGGAUUUGUCAAUGUAGUUUUUAUUCAAUGGAGUUAAAGAGAAAAAUUAAAAUCACGUUGUUUUAAACAGAAAGCAAUACAUUUAGAUUCAUUUUGCCGCAAGAAAUACAUGAUGCAUGUCUUUUGUUUUGUUUAUUCAUCUGUAUCAGACAACUGGCAAGAAGUGGGGCUUAUUCGUGUGACGGAGCGUAGACUCGUAAAUCAUACUCAACCUAGGCAAGCACUGGCAGAAGACCAGGCUGGACGGCAACUUGUAGAUCAAGAUGCACAUCUGCACGACCAGACCCCGUGGCACUUCCACCGAGGGCUCCCAACCAAGUUGUUGCACUUCCGCCAAUAGCCCUCGAUCAAGCUGUGGCAUGUCCAUCUAGAGCUACUGACGAGGUGGUGGCACCACGACUAAGACCUGCUGACCAGCAUGGGCCUGUGCAACGUAUUGCACAUGACCAGCAUGGAUCGCCACCGCGGCAAGCAGUCGGUCGGGCUGAACGAGCACAGCGUCAAGAAGCCGAUCACAAUGACAUAGCGGCCGGACUUUGUUCCGACGAUGGAGUAAACGAUGAGCCACCUCGGCGUCGUCGGCGUCUAUCUGACUUGAUCAGAGAAAACAAUGAAUUUUAUAACAAUUUCAUGAAAACAAAAUGUUCCCAAACUGUUAAGAGAAUAUGGGGUUUACCUUAAUUAUUGAUGAAUAGAAAUAAAGCCGUGGCACCAAUUUACUUAUUUUCAACUAUAUUAUUUUGACCGCCGUUAAACCAAGUUUUAUUUCAGUUGGCCUAAUGAUUUUAUUUUAAAUACUUUGAGAUGCCCCCCUACAUAGCAAAAUUAAUCCGGUGUACAACUCGUCAUCUGGAUAAACUAGAAAUGCCUAAAAUGUAAGAUUAUGAAGGUAAGUUUUAUUUGUUUUUCUGUCUGUUUGACUUUAAUCUGCAAUUUGUAACAGAUCAAACUGUCGUUUGUUUUUCUCUUAAACUGAGUAACAGUUAUUGUUUUUGAAAAUCAUUCUGAGUGCUUUAUUGAGUAUGUCUUAAAAUUCCAUAUAAACAAUGAUAUUAUAUACGACUAUGAGCUAAGCAAUAAAGAUCAUUUUCUCAUUUAAGUAACACCCGAAAGUUAAACAUAAUCUAAUUCAUCAGAAAUGAUUACACUAAAUACCAAUUUAUUUUAGUAAUUUUGAAAUAUGUCAUUCAGCUAUAAUUUAAUUUCAUAGGCAUGAAACUUCGUUGUUCUGUCAAAAAUGGCUAUUUCAUGGGGAUAUGGAUUCAAUUUGUGCAGUCAAGUUUUGCAGAUGAAAUAAAGCUUAACUCUGUGGAUAGGUCUUAUUUAAACUGUUUUGCCCAUCAAGUUUAAAUCAAGGUACUUGCCAUUAACUGGGUUAACCCCUCCAAUUUAGAAUAUUUUCCGCUGUCUGAGCUUCAACAUACCGUGUCUUAUGGCAAAACGAUAUGUUUAUGACUUCUCUUUUCAUAUCAUAUUUUAAUCAGAGUUCUUAAUACAUGUAAGAUUUUCAUUGAAAGAAUUUUUAAAAUUUGAAUUUCCUUUCCCGGUUGCCCAACCAAGAUAGCGCUAUUCUAAUGAAAAAAAUAUUUUGCAGAAGAAUUGAUUUGAAUUUUAGCACUGCUGUUUUAAAGUUGUCAAAGGUUUGCAUUGACAAGUACAUAUUUUGCAAAAUCAAUUAAAAAUUAAAGUUUGUAAAAUUAUUAUAACCUCCCUUUGUCUGUCACAGUAAAAUAACCAUAUUAGAUUGAAUAUAGAUAAAAUCCGAAGCUACAUGCUGUUUUUAAUAUGCUUUUUUAUUCAGACAGUUGAAUAUCUCAAUAUGUAUCAAAUGUAGAUAUAAAACUAGAAAUAGAAGUGAAAUUAAAAGAAAAUGGCCACCUGUAUUUAAGGGAGACAGUAACAAAAUUUCAUAAAAGUUACAAAAUAUACAUUUAAAAUAGAUAUCUAAUUCUUUUAAUUGACCUUUUUAUGCCUUUAAAAAUCUCUCUCAUGAAUAUAUGAAAACUUAAAUAUACCUUAAAAUGUUUCCCAGAUUUGAUUUACCACCUUUAAGUUAUAAUAUGAAUUUCUCUCUAUAGACUUCUCAAGUACUAAAUUUAACAAGGUUUGUAGGAAUUGUUUCAGGCAUUGAGGUUUGUUGUUGUUGGAUUUGUUCACUGUUUCACAAUUAAAAUUUUUGCUAUACUGAGUGUAGAUUAAGAUGUACAAUGACGCUCUCCUGAGUGUAGAUUAAGAUGUAAAAUGACACUCUACUGAAUGUAGAUUAAGAUGUAAAAUGACGCUCUACUGAGUGAAGAUUAAGAUGUAAAAUGACGCUCUACUGAGUGAAGAUUAAGAUGUAAAAUGACGCUAUAUUGAGUGUAGAUUAUGAUGAAAAAUGACGCUAAACUGAGUUAUCUAGUUUGGUUCAGAGCUUUUAGAUGGCUCAUAUUGAUAUCAACUAUUCUUUAUUUUCCACCAGCGGGUGAAAAGGAAACAUAUUUCAUAAUGGUCUUUGCAACUCGUUUAAGUGAACAUUUGAUUUGCUAACUGUUUUCCAUUGUGGUGCAACAAUUACAGAUAAUAUAUUGUGAGCUUUUGGUCUGCAGCUUCUUUAUAAUAUAAGCAUGAAAUAACAGGAGUAAUAACACAUUAUUAAUAUGAGCACCAGACAGUACUUAAAAAUGUUCAAGUUUAAUAAUAUUAAUUGUCACCUGUUUUCACGACCUUUGUUCAGUGAUGACCAAAAAGUAGAAUGCUGCAUCACUGGCUGUUACAAAUUUAUAGUCUCUGAAGUUGCCAGGCCCAGCAAAAUAAACCAAUCAGAACCCUAACCCUGCAUUAAUCCAGGGAGUCAGGCAGGAAUUUGCAAUUCCUGGAAGCAAAGCAGCCAUAUUGCCAGGACAAUGUCAUAAAAAUCAGAUUUUCAACUACAGUUAUGGCUAUAAAGCAAAAUUAACUUUAAAAAAAUCAAUUAAAACAUAUUCCUGAAUAACAGACACUACUUGCAAUAGUUUGUUACUCUUAUGAAAGGUUAUUAGCAGUUGAAAAUUCCUAGUGGACAGGAAUUUGAAUUUUACUGCCUUGAAAACUUGAAGGUCAAACAGGUGAGAUAUAUUACUCAAAGUUACAGAAAAACAGACAAUAUAAAAGUGAAAUUUACAUAUUCCUAAGGCAGAAUAAAACUUAUUCAUUCUUUACAUACAAUAAGUUGUCAUCUAUAAGUUGUCUCUGACAUAAAAUUAGGAUUUAAAUGCAGAAAUCAAGGGAGUCAAAUCCGUAAGAGCAGUAAUAAACUGCCAGGAUCUGAUUUGAGCUAUUCAAUUGAGAAUUUCAACAAAAAGGUAAUAUUUUAUGUCUGUAUAUUGUAUCCUAUAGUUAUUAAUGUCCUAUAUAUGUCCAUUAAGCAAAAUAUACACAGUCAUUUUCUUAUAAUAAGUGUUUUACUGAUGUAAACAGAACAGUUCGAGUCGGAAUUCCUGGCAGAGAUAACCGUAAGCAAAGACAAUAAAUGAUGGAAACUCAGAAAGAAGUAUUGGAUAUUGUUAAAACUGGUAUUUAUGAGUUUAUUGAAAUAGCUGUGAAGCAGCAACAUGACAAGUUGCUAGCUAGAAUUCCGGACAGCACCAGUUCAGGGUUUACCAGGCUCGAACCGUGCUUCGAAUGCAACCGGGAUACUCUAAAACCAAGACAUUCCAAAAAUACAUGUCUGUCACUAAAUUAUUGUUUUUGCAAAAUGAAAGGGGAAGAGAAAAGAGCUUGUCCAAACAGUACAUGUGAUUAUAUAUACGAGGACAUUAUUAAGGGCCACAUGAAGUUUUCACCAAAUGUGAAAAAUACAGAUAUUAGCAAAUGGACUCGAAACUACUGGGACAUUGCUAAAUGUUAUAUGGAGAAAAGUUCUCAGUCGGCUGAAAGCACAGAUAUACUGGAACUUCUUCGUCUUAUUUCAAAUGACAGAUUUGUACUGCAGAAACUGCUUCCCAAUGAAACAGUAGAAUCAGCUAAAACUCAGCAAGAACGGUUGUCCGAAAUCCGAUAUACCGUAGACAAGGCCAUCAAGACAUGUAGACGAAUCAAACAAUCGGCAGGGAUAUGUUCAGUGUACGAUAUAACAUUCUUUUGUGUAAUUCUUUCAAAAAUAGGCGACAGAAAGUCUUAGAAGGCAAUACAAUCUCUCGAUAAGAUAGCGAUGGACAUUGAACGGAAGGAAAGUCUCUCAACGUCAGAGUUAGAAUUAAAGAUAAGAAAUGCUGUUUAUCAACACUUCAAAAGCGCUGAAGAUGCAAUAAUCUGCAGACAAACGGAUGCCACCGGAAACGCUUUGAAAUCAACAUCUCUACAACCGUUGUUUGAACAAAAACUACUAGUCGCAGAAACGGUUCAAUCUUAUGAAAAGGGACAGUUUCUUGAAAGCAGUAUUGUCGAUCUACUUUUCGGUAGUAAAAGAUACCAAGCCAUCUUUGUCAGUACAGAAAAUGAAGAGCAUAUAUCAACACACUGGAGUGAAAAAGAAUGGUUCAUUUACAACGUCCUUAAAAAUCAUUUCAAUGCAGAAAGCAAACAAGAGAAUGAAACAGGUUUGUCUGCGAAUUUGAAGGAAUAUCAAUACUCUGAUGUUAUUGUCGUUUCGAACUCAGUGUCACGCAAGAUGGAUGUGCCCUACAAAACAGUUUGUGAAGGUGUACUAAACGAUGUACUCCCAGCACGCAAAAAUUGUCUAGUCAUUUUAGAUUUCUAUGACGCAAUAGUCAAAGGAGUAUUCGAACGCACAAAUAAAUCACUUAAAAGACACACAAUCGUUAAACUGGUCCGAAGUAGGGACAUUCACAAUCUGAAAGACGAGAGACAAUUAGGAACGACAUCCGUGAAGGCCAAACCAGUGCAUAAACUCACAAUAAGAAAUGUAAGUGAAGAUUUGAAACUUGGGAGAAAAACCACAGGUAUAAUACAGAAAGUUCUUAACAAAUCCGUGCAGAAAAUAGGAGACAAAAAUAUUUCCUCACUUACAUUUGAAAGAAUUUGUUUUGAUGAAAUUUCAUCAAAAGUCAAGCUCUCCAGCAUUUCCCAACUAAAAUCUCUAAAAUUGAUAGGAUGCGCCUUUACACCAGUUAACUACAAAUGCCUAAAGUCCAUAGAAUUACUUUCCGAUGAGGCAACAAUAUCUUAUUUUUUAGAUCAAAUGAAAUUGAUACUGUAUCCAGCAAUACAAACAUGUGUUGGCCUGCAGCAUAUAACAACAUCAGAAAUGAAACUUGGUUACAAAUCGUUUUGCAUAAAGUUGAGUUCAACGGCAAUAUCAGGUGAUGCUGAAAAGUACUUUGGAGUAGCAUUGAGAAGUUGUAGUAGAGAAAAUGUUUUGGAACUGCUUGAUAUUGAAACGGCGAAAAUUCUGAUGGCAGCGGGCUGUGAUAUUGGCGACUUCGAACUGGCUAAUGGAAGAGAAAAAACAAUUAUUCUUAACAGUAUUAAAUUUGGUCUGCUUGAAUCGGACCCGAAUUUGGUACAUGUGUACCCGGCAGAAUGCCAUCUUAAAACCAGAAAGUCAACAAAUAUUGUCUUUGUAUGUUUCAUGAAAGAAAACUUUGACAUCGGCAACGAAUGUGCGUUUAGACAAUUCCGUGGCUUCGACACUUUUCUGAGGAGUUACAACAGGGUAUCCUCAGAAUCAUUCCUCGCCGAAUCAGCAGCUUUAGAGGUCGAACGCGCCGACGAAGUUAUUACGGAACAGAUAAAGAAAGAUAUUGAAGAGACGCUAGCUUUCAAUUCAAUGGAGCUUAUGAACAAGCAUAGUAAUUUAGAGGUUGUUGGUGUUAGUUUGGGAAAAGCUAGGGAUAAUACGCUCGAUUUAUGUGAUGGUCCUUACAUAGUUUUAUAUGUAAGACUUAAAGCAUUUGUUCCGCAUGGUGAAAAUCUCUUUCCUACGAAAUUAACACAUCCUCAAAAUCAGACAGUGGAGUUCAAGACAGAUGUUAGAGAAGGUUAUUAUAUACCUUUAGCAGAUAAUGCUUCUAAUGAUUUUUACCCAGAAAUGAAGGUACCAAACUUAGUGAUGGGAUGCAGUAUUGGUUUUCCAAAUAACAAAUUUGCUGCAACAAUCGGACCAUUCGUUGAAAUUGAAUCGGGCAGCGAUAAAGCAAAAAAGAAAGAAACAGGAUUUAUAACCGCUUGUCAUCUUUUUACCACGCCGAAGAAUGAACAAUCCGUGAUAGGCACACAAGUAGUUCAACCAUCUGAUGCUGAUAAAUUGUGUAUUAGUUCCAAUGACAAAGUUUGCGGAGAAGUUGUUGCAUGUACAUAUAAUGAAGAAACUGACGCAGCACUAGUAAAAAUUACCAAACGAAGUCCACGUAAAGGCGCCUUCAUCACCUGUCAGAGUCGUGACCUUAAAGAAGCAGGAUUUUCUGGUACAAUAGAAUACAACGAUGGGUCCGUAUCAAGUUUAAAAGCAGCAUUUCGGCGGAAUGUUGUGAAAAUUGGCAAAACCACGAAACUUACUUUAGGACAGUGUUGUCUUGAAGGAACAGCGAUAAGGAUUUCCCCGGUAUCCAUAACUGCAACACACCCUUUAACAGGUACAUGGAGUCCAAUAAUUAUGAACAACCUGUUUUUCAUCGGUGGAUUUGGUAACAAACCUUUUUCUGAAUUCGGCGAUUCAGGUGCUGGAGUGUUCCUUGUAGGAGAAAAUAACAGACUAUCUUGUAUAGGGAUGGUCAUUGGCAAAUUAACAGACGGUUACUGUUACGCUAUCCCAAUUCAGAAAAUACUUAACAGGUUGUCAAGAACAAGUUAUACCAAACUCGACAAUUUAAAAGUUACAAUGAAAACGUUUGAUGAUUAAAUGAGAGGUGAACAUACGUGAACAACUGAUAUUUGAUGUUGUGACUAUGCAAUGAACUGAGAUACUUGCGGUUUUAAGCUCCUAUUUAGAAAUGUAACAGAAGGCUUGAAACUAAUGUGAUUUAAUUGAUACAUCAAAUAAACAGAAGUUUUAGGGCUAAAUUAAAACUGUAAGCAAAGAAAUGCAUGGGUUUCCAACUUAACCAGUAUUUAUAAAACUAUACUGUUUCAGCAGGAAAAAAAAUGUGAUAAAAUGAGUCUUACAUUCGUGUCUUUUCGUACUGAAUGAAUAAUAAAGAUGAUAAAAUGUUCGA